AAGAAGAAGAAUCGGAGUAACGCGGAGUGUGAAACGCGUUUAUCAGUGUAAAGUCAACAAAUAAAUUAGAAAAAAUAGAUUUCGAGCACUGUGCUCAAGUGCAGUUAUCACAACACAAUAAAAUCAGGAAGCAAACAGUAAAACAACAUCGCGUUCCACAACCACAAAUCCUUCAAUCCCAAUUACAGUGUGUGCGAAUUUAAUUUGUGAUUAUGUGAAAAAAAACCCAAAAUAUAAAUAUAAAAAAUAUAUUCAAAACAUAAUUUUGUGCCGAAAAAAACAAAAGCCAAGCGGUAAACUUAACUCAACAGCUUGCCAUUUUAAAUCGUGUUGUGCAUAAUGAAUUAAAAAUACAAAUUAUUCGCGCCAAAUGGAACAUACAACGAAACCUCGUUCGGUGAGCUAAGAAUAAAUUGAUGUAGUUCCGUUGUUGCUGGAUAACAACAACGAUAAGAACAAGAUCAACAUUAACAUCAAAACAACGAUACUUUCGACUACACAAAACAAUAACAACGAGAGAUUCAGAAGACGAAAGCAGCAACAAAAGAAGAAGGCGCGCCAGAACGGAAGCGCCGACUCAAUAGAGAGAAGGAAGCUGAAUAAAAAAAUACGCGGCGUUAUGUUUGUAAUGGCUAACAAUGUAAUGUGGCACAGUGUUGGAAAUCGUAUUUGCAAUUUGAAUGCGCGCCGCCCACAAUUAGCAGCCGCCGCCAGCAGCGGUCAGGCAAACGCCAACGACGAGGAAAGCAUUUCUGGUUAUGCCUUAGGCCCCCAAAGGUUUGGGGGGCACCAUCACGUAUAGAGGCAGAAGUAAUCGCACUUGCAGCAACCGCAGCAGCUUUAUAGCGCGGCAGAAGUCACAAACAUAUUUCAAACAAAACAAACAACAAUCGCAACUGCAGCAGCAACGGCGACAACAGCAACAUCAGGGGCAAAGGCUUCUUGUGAAUGAGAUGUCUAGUGAAGUAGUAUUAGUGUUGUGAAAUGACAAAAAGCAAAACCAAGAAGCAGCUACAAAAGCAGAAGAAGAGCAACAUAAACUUAGCACCAGUUAAAAGCAGAGCCCCCCCGCCCCUUUCUAAAACUAAAAUUAAAACAAAAACAUAACAAUUUAAUUUCGAAAGCGAUAUAUAAAUACAUUCACAUAAUAUAAUAAUAAUAAUUACUAUUAUUUUUGUGAGCAAUUUAUAAAUUGAUAUAAACAACAACAACAAGAACAGCAUCAGUAACAACAAUGCCCAUGUCCACGCACGACACGGUCUUUGUGGAACCUGUCGCCAGCAGCGGCAGCAGCAGCAACACCAACAACAGUACUGGCAACAGCCGCAUUGCCAUCGGUGGCCCACAGCAGCAGCAACAGCACCAACCACACAUAGUUAUCGAUGGCAGCAAUUUGUCAACCCAGGCGCAGCUGAAGCGCAUAAUGCAGCGGCGCAUGUCCAUUCAAGCGCAACCAGCGCCAAAAUAUGCGGUACGUGCCACAGCAGCAGCGCAGCAGCAGACGCCACAGCAACAGCAGCAGCAUGAGUUGCUCAAUCCGCAAAUCUACAAGAUUGUCACCACCGAUGGCAGCACGAGUAAUGUCAUCAUUGAUGCCUCCUCGUCGGCACCGCCGCACAACUCCAAGCUGUUGCUCAGUAAUCUCACGGUGCUCUCCAAACAGGCACCGCCAAUAUCCUCCUCCCAGACACAGCAACAGCAGCAGCAGCUUAACUAUCUCAGCGCAAAGAAUUUGCCGUAUGUCACGGCAACGCCAGCAAUCAAACAGCAGCAGCAGCAAAAAUUUGGCAGCAUUAGCGCCUAUAAAGCGUCAGGAGGUGGAAUUGCAACGGCAAAGCAGCUGCAAGGCUAUGCUCAAUCCCCACAGCAGCAGACAGCAGCCAAUGCAACAACGACGCCGCUAAUGCAAAAGGUGACACUCGGCUCGCGAGUUGUGACGCGUUUGCAAUCGUAUGUGCCGCCCCAGCAGCAGCACCAACCACAGCAGCAACAGACGCCGCAGAUAAUUGUGCAACCAGCAACGGCUACGCAACAAAAAUAUGUCAAUGCGGCUGCUAUCAAUCGACCGGCGAUAACGACAACAACUGGCGGAACAGCUGCAGCGCUGCUCAAGAAGACUAAUCAGAAGAUAACGGUCAAAAGCGUGGGCAAUAUGCUGCAGCAGCAUCAACAGCAGCAGCAACAACAACAACAGCAGCAGCAGCUUAAAGCUUUUAUCUCCGCACAGCAGCCGACCCACAAAGCAGGCGUUAAAACGAAAUUUGUUAAGCAAUACAACGCAACGACAGCGCUGUCGAUUGCCGCGGUGCCUCAGCAGCAACAGAACGUUUACGCCAAGCAACAGCAACAACAAUUGACGACCAGCAAGGUUGGAAAACUAUCGGCAGGCAGCAGCAUCAACAACAGCAAGUAUGUGGUGCAGCAGCAACCGUUGCAACAACUGGCUGCUAAUUUGCCGCAGGGCACACAGUUGCAGCAGAAGACGACGGCAACAACUGGUGGCGGCUAUAUGCUACAGCAGUCAACGCCGGGGGCCAUCAAGUUUGUCAACUCUCAUGGCACUGUCAUACAACAGCAUCAGCCCCAAAUUCAGGCGGCACAAACCAAACGAAUACACUACAACAGCACCAGCAGCAGUGAUAGUAGCAGCGAUCAUCAUCAUCAGCAACAACAACAGCAGCAGCAGCAGCAAUCCUCGCUGAUCACCGACGAUGUGAUGAUUGUGAAUGGCACACAGAUGACGGAUGAGUUGUCGGCGCGCAUACUACAGAGCAUGGCGCAAAAGUCGUUCAGCCAGCAGCAACAGCGGUAUCAGCAACAGACGACACCGACAACACCAACAGCAGCAGUAACCACAACCAAUAUGCCACCGCCGCAACCAACAGCAGCAACACCCACACAAAUUGUUUAUGGCAACAGCAGCAGCAAUAGUGUAACUGCAGCAACCUCGGGAAAUUUGCUACUGACACAUUUUCAAGGUGCAGCUGCAAUCUCGCCGAGUUCCUCAGCGUCAACAGUAGCUUCGUCAGCGCCAUCGGCAUCGUCAUCAGCGUCAUAUCUAACUGUAAGCACCUCCAGCACGCCCUCGGUGAGCAUAUCUUCGCAUGGAUUCGCCAGCGGUAGUGCGGCGAUGUCCUCGUAUAUGUCGGCAACGGCGGCACGCCGGCAAUCGGUCAGUGCGCCGAGCAGUCGAGCCGCGUCGCUGGAACGCAAGCAGCAACAUGAGGCUGUGGUGGCCGCUGCCAAUCGCAAGCAGCCAUCCAAUGUGGUCGAGUAUUAUAAGCACAGCCUGAACCACAGCAAUAGCACAAGCAAUUUAAGCAGCCUGCGUGGAAGCGUAACCAGCAACAACAAUACGACAACAAAUACGCCGCACUUGACACCAGUGCAUGUGGAUGCAACCACGUUGAUAAUGAAGCCCCAACAGCAGCCACAACAUACGCCUCAGCCGACACAGCAGCAGCAGCCUCAACAGUUGCAGCAGCAGCAGCCGCCACAACAGUCGCAACAGCAAGUGGCAACGCAACCACAACAGUUGAGCGCCAACGAGGAGGAGUUGUUCAUUGAGGAAGUGCGUCCAGUGCCAGUGCAUACCCAAGACUUGCGAUUGCAGCAGCUACACGCCAUAAUGCAGGAUCACACCUACGCCUCGCAGCAGCAGCAACAACAACAACAGCAGCAACAACAGCAGCAGCAGCAGACUGCAACAACUGGGGCGAUAGCCCAGCAAUCUCAGCAAUGGUCUUUGGGCGGCAUUGGCGUUACUGUGGCAGGUGCAGCGACUACACCAGGCGGCAGCUACAGCAGCUACUUUGCGCCACAAAUUGCUCGCCAUGUAACUGACGAUGAUGCACAUUCGGCCAUCAGCGGUAGUUCGCGCUUGGCAAGCGCUGACAUCGAUCCCGGUGAGGAGACAGAAACAGCGCCUGAAGCCGAGGCCGAGGAUGAUUCUGUGACGCGCUGUAUUUGCGAGUUAACGCAUGAUGAUGGCUAUAUGAUUUGCUGUGACAAGUGCUCCGCCUGGCAGCACGUGGACUGCAUGGGCAUCGAUCGCCUCAACAUACCGGAGGAGUAUCAGUGCGAACUCUGCCAGCCACGUCCAGUGGACAAGGCCAGAGCGCGUGCGUUGCAGCGUCAAAAGCGCAAGGAGCACAUGCUUUUGGUGGCCAGUCAGGCAGCCAGUGGUGUGGCCGCCGUUGCAGCUGCCGCUGCCGCAACAGCCGCUGCAGCGGGCAAUCCUUUGGGUGCAGCAGCUUCUGUGCCGGGUGGCUCACUUUACGGCAGUCAGGAGUUGCUGCAACAACAGCAGCAGCAGCAACAUCAACGACUGGGCAGUGGACUCAAUGGUGGCUUUGCAACUGGCGCUAAUAACGCCACUGUUGCCGGCAUGGGCAAAAAAUCGAAGAAAACCAAAGAUGGCGCCACAACGCUGAAGAAGAGUAAGAAAGGAGGCGACAAGCUGGCAGCAGGCGGUGCUGCGGGAGCUGGAGUUGCCGGUGGUGGCUCAACCAGUGCCAAGGGCACCAAGAAGAGCAGCAAACGCAAAACGAAAUCGAGUGGUGAUGGCAACGGUGGCAGCAGUCCAGCUCUGACUGCCGCUGAGAAGCACGCAGCGAAUCUGCGGCAAUGGAUCGAACACUACGAAUACGCCGUGACCAAUCAUUACUCGCCCGAGUUGCGCGCCCGCCUGCAUGCCAUACAGAAGCAACCGAGUUUGCUGCAAAGCAUUCAAAAUACCGAAAACAAGGCGUUGCGUCUGAUUGCCGCCGGCUGUGCCAGCGAACUGGAGAAGCGUGCUCAAUUGAUACCCUAUGCUGGAGCCAAGGUGUUGAUCAGCAGCAUUGAUCUGGCGCCGCAUUCGCCCAUCCAUGAGCUGCGUGGCAAAUACAUGCUAACGACCCAGUUUCGCACCCAGAAUCCCACCGUGAACAUGAAUACGCCGCCGCCAAGCAACUAUCUCAACAGCUUCAAGGUGCACAAGACGCCCGGGCAGUUUGUGUUCUUCUAUCAACUGCCGGGCGUGGAGGCUCCAAUGCAGACGACAGCCAACCAACAGCUGGCACCGCAACCGCUGCCCUCUUACCUAAAGGGACCCGAAGUCUGCGUGGAUACGCGCACCUAUGGCAACGAUGCACGCUUCGUGCGACGCUCCUGUCGACCCAACGCCGAGUUGCAGCACUACUUCGAGAAGGGCACACUACAUCUGUACAUUGUGGCAUUGACGCACAUUCGGGCGCAGACGGAGAUUACUGUGCGACAUGAACCGCAUGAUCUGACGGCGGUUGAGCAUAAGAAAUCACAUUCGGCUGUCAUCCAGCCGACGAGCACACGUUGUGCCUGCGAUCUGGGCAGCGAUUGUUUGUUCGCAUUGCCUCUGGCGGUGCAACAACAAUUGCAGGCACCGCCCACGCAACCGCGCAGCAGUCAUCGCAACAAGGCGGCAGCAGCAGCGGCCGCAGCCGCUUCUGUGAACAGUGCGGCAGCCAUACAGCUGACCAUGGGGCUGGGCAACAGCAUGACGGCAGCCGCUGCAGCUGCAGCAGCCGCGGCGACGGCACGCAAUCGUUCCACAUCCUCGAGCGGCGAGAGUAGUAGCCACAUGGGCCUGAAUAGCCCACAGCUCAGUCAGCUUAAUUUGGGCUUUAAGCCUAGUGCGACGGCUUCUUUGAUGCCGGCAACAGUUGGCACAGCGGCGGCAGCAAUGCUCUGCAACAGCAACAGCAAUGGCGGCAACAGCAACAACUCGUGCUCCGUUUCCAUGUCGAGUGUGCUGCACGAUUCAGGCAUUUGCACAUCUUCAUCGUCGCCCUCAGUAUCCAUUCCAUCGCCCACGCCCACUCAACUGCAGUCGCCCACAUUGCAGCAGCAACAGCAACAACAGACACCGCAAACAUCACUGCUGCAGCGCAGUCCAACGCAGCAGCAGCAACAAAUUCUGGCAGCGCUGCCAACGCCUAUGUUGUUGUCCCCACAGAUGUUGCCGAAGCCUGCACAGCAGCAGCCUUCAUUGCUGCAACAGCAGCAGCAGCAGCAACAACAACAGCCGCAGGAGCCAUUGGCUGUUAUUGCAGCUGCAGCGGCUGCUCAGAGGCCCAUGGCAACUUAUUAUUUGCAGCCGCAACAACAGCAACCUCAACAGCAGCAGCAACAACAACAACACCAGCAGCAGCAGCAGCAACAUUUCCUGCAGCAACAACAACUGGCGGAUGAGGCUCGCAUGGCAGUAAGUGCGCUACAAACGCUGCAUGCCACGCCCACUUCACAUAUUGUGACGCCCAUAAAAAUUACAACGCAGCAAAUGAAACUGCAGCAGACGCAGCAACAAUUGCAGCAGCAAGCACAACAACAACAACAAUCGCAACAACAUCAGCAGCUACAACAACAGCAGCUACAACAGUCGCAACACCAGCAGCAGCUUCAACAGCAGCACCAACAACAGCAGCAGCAGCAACAACAGAAACAACAACAGCAGCAGCAACAACAACCAAAGCCCUAUCAACCUGUUGUAGUAUCGCCUACCAAGACGCCUAUUAAAUCGACAGUAUCGUUGCCUAUCAACAAUCUGAGCAACAACAACAGCAAUAUUAAUGCAACACCAACUAGUCGUAAAUCGCCGGUAAAAGCAGCUGUCACAACGCCGACAACAAGCACGCCUGUGCUCGAAGCCAAGCAGGAAGAUGUCGUAGUAACAACUCCGACGCCAGCAACACCGACAACAGCAGCAGCAGCGUCAACCACUGCGACGCCAGCCACAUCAACACCUGCAGCUAAAAAGGACAAGCCAAAGUCACGCGAAGAGCGCAAAUUGGAGGCCAUACUGCGUGCAAUCGACAAAAUGGAGAAGCAGGAGGCACGCGGUAAGAAAGCAGGAGCAACGGGAGCUACGGUUGCAGGUGGCGACAGUCGGCAAGCGGGCAGCAACAAGCGUAGCAGCAACUCGCCGGCAUCGCCACGCAAACGCAAUGCCAGCAGCAAUUCUAUUAGCGAAUCAACGGAUGCCAAUGCCAGCGGUUGCCCCACGCCCACCAGCAGCAAUAACAACAACAACAACGCAUCGCGACGCAACAAGAAAAAACGGAAAGUUAGUCGCAGCUACAACAACAACAACAAUAAUAGCAAGCGACGCAAGAGCAUGAACGAGUCGGACAAUGAGUCGCAUACGGAGUCGGAACUCGCGUCGCCAGCAGCAGCAUCGCAGCAACAACAACACAACGACAGCAGCCUUAACAAUAGCAACAGCCUAAUGCUGCAGCAACAACAACAGCAGCAAUCUGCUGAUCAGGCAGCUGGUUUGUUGCUCGCCUUGGCGCACAACAAUUGCGACGCCUUCAAGCCACCAGCAGCAAACGCAACUGGAGCAGUGAGCAGCGCUUGUCUGCUGAUUGAAGCAGCCAUGGGACCACUGGAACAGCAGCCACAACAACAGCAGCAACAGCAACAACAAGUCGUAGUUCAGCAAUUGCCAUCGCCUUCGAUGGGUGAAUUUAAGUAUCCGCCCAGUGGCGCUAAAACGAAGAAAACACUCAUGUCCAGCUGGUUCCAGCAAUCGGAGCAGGAACAACAAACCUCUGGCCUCGACAGCCUAGUGCAGGCGGCAAUGAGUGAAAUCAACGGUUCCCGUGAGCAACUUCAACAACAACAGCAACAGUUGCAGUUGCAGGAUCCACCUGCACCAGCAUUACUGAAAGUGGAGCACUUUAUACAUCAAGUUGAGGGCUCGGAGCGUUUGCAGACGCCAUCAGUACAGAACAAUUCGUCGGUGAAGAAGCGCUGGCUACGUCAGGCCAUCAGCGAGGAGACCACGGACGAAAGUCAGCCCCAGACGCCGGUGACACCGACGCCAAGCAGCGUAGCAUCGCCCCAAGCGCAACAGCAGCAGCAGCCACCACAACAGCAGCAGCAACCGCAACAGCAGCUGUCAAAUGGCUUUAGCACGCCGUUGAAGAAGCGUCGUUUGGUGGUCAUGAGUAAUGGCGGACUUGAGACAUCAGCAGCCACUGACGAACCACAUAUCGAUGUUAUUGGCAGCGCUGGCGAGGAAGAUCACAAAGUGGAGCCCAAGACAGAGCAGCUGAAGGUGGAAACACAGCUGCUACACUUUGAACAGGACGACGAUGUGGAUAUCUUGAGAUCACCGAGUCCAGGUGCUCAGCAGAUUGUGGCCGAGGACAAUUUGGUGAAAAUUGAGCCAGAAGAUACGAGCGCUGCCGCUGAAGAUGUCAAAAUUGAUGUGGAGCGUGAGGAAAGUCAGGCGUGCGACAAGUUCGAGGAGCUGCUGAAGGUAAAGCGCGAACAGGAGGAACAGCAACAACAACAGCAAGAGCAACAGCUGCAGCAAGAGUCCAUUGAUGAGCCUAAGUUGGAAAACUCAGUGGAGCAGCAGCAGCAGUUGGCUAAAGUGGAGCCCAAAGCGGAGAUCAAACCAGAUGUGGAAAUGUUGCCUGCGAAACUAGAACCGAUACCAGAGCCCAAGCCAGGUGAAUCGUUGCUGCGCACAACAGUAACAGCAAGUGCAGCAUUAGCUACAACAACCAGCAACGCAAUAACAACAGCAGCAACAAGCACCACAUUGCUGGUGGAUUCGGUGAAAGCGGCCAUCAAGGCACGUGCGCCCGCUGUCAAGGAAGAGUCAGAAGAGCCGCUUAAGAAGAAACCCAAGCUGGAAUUGCUAACACCCAAGCCUGCAGCUGUUGCAACAACUACAGCAAUAGCAGCAGUGGCAUCUAAUGCCACGGCAGCAGUGACCUCAGCAGUCACUGUAGUCACAACAAAAGCAGCAACAUCAGCAACUGCAUCUGCGGCAACAGUAGCCACGAAAGUUGCAUCUACGGCAUCAGCUGCAGUGACUACGACAACACCAGCAAGUACUGCAACAGCAACAGCAAGUACUGCAGCCAGCAGCAAGAAUCUAACCGAGCUGGAUAUACAACAGCGCUUGUUGUCCUUCCAUGCGGCAAACAUUUCGUAUCUGCAGUCACGCAACAAGAAGGCCACUAGCAACAGCAGCAGCACCAGCUCCAGCAAGAGCAAUAGCAACAACAACAGCACCAGCAGUACAGCCAACACCACGCCCGAGUUGACAAUAGUGAAGAAGUCGAGCAAGGAGAAGGACGAGAAGCGUGAACGUGACAAGCAGCUAAAGAAAUCGAAAAAGGAGAAAAAGAAGUCCAAGGACAAGGACAAGCAGAAGGUGCCAGCAGCAACCGUUGCAACCUUGGGAGCAAUGCCAGCGCCUGAAUUGAAAAAGAAGCCGAAAGAAAGCAAACAACCGCAGCAACCACAAUUGUUGCCAGCAACGCCAACAGCAGCAGUUGCAGCAACAACUCCCACAGCAACAGCCAAUGGCAAGACCAAGCACAAUAGCAAUCAUCCACUUGAACAACAACAACAACAGCAGCAGCAACAGUCGGCGCUGCGUCGUCGCACCAUGUCCAUGUGUGUGACGCCAGCAACGACGCCAACGCCAACUGCAAUGCCCACCACGCCCAUGGCAACCACAAAGAAGCGUCAGACAAACUUUGAGCAGGAGUUGACAAAGCCCAACAGCCAAAUCCUAAGCAGCAGCUUGUUGCUCAACAGCAGCAAAGCUCCGCAGCAACCGACAGCAGGAGCAACAGCUGCAGUAGCAGCUGGUGUCGUAGCAACUACUGCGAAUCAGCAGCAACAUCGCAAAGAGAACAACCAUCACCAUCAACAGCAGCAGCAGGAGUUGCCUGGUUCGAUGAGUCUGGCAGCUGCCAUUGCGAGUGGCAAGUUGACGGCGAUUAGUCGGCGAAGGGAAUCCAUGUGUGGCAGUCGACAGCAGGCGGCAUUGAUAGCGGCGGCGAUUAAGAAGGAAAAGAAGGAGAAGAAGAAGAGCAAGAAAAAAGAUCGCGAGAAGAAGCAAAAGGACAAAGACAAGGAGAAGGAAAAGGAUAAGGACAGCAAAGCGAAAAGCUACAAUCAACAGAAGCCGCAACAACAGCCGCUGGCAGCAGCUGCUACGCCGCCAGUCAACGCUUUGCCCAAAGUGCUGGCCAAGCCCACCACGCCCGCAGUCACACCCGCACCCACACCCCCAAUUUCAGCAGCUCCCAUACCUGUGCUCAUCACCCAACCGACGCCAACAAUGGCAGCAGCAGUUGCUCCCGUUGUACCCUCGCCAAUGGUAGUGCCCGGCAGCAACAGUCUCGCCUCGGCUGCCAAGCAAUUGCCGUACUACAAUACCAUCUACGGCAAGCUGCAGGAGCCGCCAAGCAGCGCUGCUUUGGCCUCACCAAUUGCUAAGCUGCAGAGCAACAGCAUGCCUAGCUUGGCCGAGUAUUUGGAGGCCACAAAAGCAAAAGCUGCAGCAGCAGCUGUUGUUGCCGCCGCCUCCGCUACUGUUUCAGCGCCAACCACUCCCAUUGCAGCCGCGGACAGCAUGCCACCACCAGCGACAACGCCACUGAAACUCUACACACGCACUGCUAGCCAUGAUCCGCGUCUGAAUCCCAUGCUCACGGUGCCGGAACCGGCGCCCAUGCCAAAGCGCAAGUUGUCGAUCAGUGAGUACCGCAUGCGACAUCGUCCAUCCGUCGAUACGGCGCCCACAACACCGACAACGCCACCGAAACCCAUGGAACGCUUUGCCAAGCCGCAGACGAUCAACAAGUGCUCGCUGCAGUCGCCGGAACGCUUUCAGGCAGCUAUGCGGGAGCGACGCAAUUCGAUCAGCGUGCACCAGAACAACAUUGUCACCAACAACAGCAGCAGCAAUAGCAGCGGCAGCAAUCAGCACUAUGCGCAGCAACAACAGCAACAAUCGCCGCAUCAUGCGCAGUCUGCGUCGUCGCUUAAGAGUAAGUCCGCUAAUGCAUCUGCUAUAAACUCGGCGGCAGCCACGUUGAGCACCGUCAACAGCAUCCUAAGCACAGCCCACAAGUUGCACAUGUUCGACGACAAGCCCAAGACUGGCCACUUUAAUGCGGCGCCCACAUUGCUGGAGCAGCAACAGGAGAAGAUGAGCGAGAGAUCACGUUUCAUGCAACGAACCAUAUCUUGCGAUUCGCGUGUGAUUGAACGCCUGGGCGUUGGAGCAUCAGGAACACCUGGUGAAAAGUCAUCUUCGGCGACCGCCAGGCGAGAUGGCGCUUAAGCUUCGUCGAUAAAUUAACUACAGUAACACAUCCAAGUCUAAAGCCAGAAUAUAACUCAGAUCACAACUACAAGAAACUCGACCGAUCAACCUGGCUCAAGUGCUCUUCGAAAGCAAAAAAUAACCUUACCCAUAAACUAUUAUAAUUGAAGGCGCUUUUCUUAUUUAACGAAAAAAAAAUGUAGUGCGAAAAGAAAAUCGGAAUAGAAAAAAACGCGCUCUAUCGUAGCCAGGAAAUGAAAUCCUUAUUAUUUUUGUUGUAAACGCUAUUUACUCGCUAUAACUAUACUACUUACACAUACAACUAGAAUUUAGAUAUGUAUAUAUGCAUUAACGAUAUGAGAUUGAGCAGAGAAACACAAAAAACAACAAACCACAACAACAAAAAGCAGCAACAGUAACAAUAUAUUUCAAAAGAGCCUUCUGCUAAAUGAUUUAGUUAUUUGAUAGUCGCUUUUUUCGUAACCAACCAAGCAACUUGCUACUAUAUACAAAUAUAUACUAUACAUAGCGCUAUAAUUAUAUAUAUCUAUAUAGAAAUGCUUAGAUGUACGAAAAAGAUCGAAAAACUACACACAUAAACAAACAAAUUGAAAUCUUUUCAUGUUGGUUAGCUAAACAGUUAGUUUAAAUUCCUAAUUUAAACAUAGUAGAUUUUACUACAUUUUUCUUUGUCAUAACUAUAAAAUUAAGUAAAUUUCAUUUAAAUUCAAUUCACUUAACUGAAAUAUGCAUGAGAGAUUCUGCAAUUAAUCUGAUAAGUUUAUGAUGAUUUUUAUACAUUUUCUGUAAUAGUUGUAAUUAAAGAGUAACGCCACUGCGAGUAUAUUUACAUAUACUUCAAGGCAACAAUCAAAGCAUUAACUAAACAAAUUAAUUUAAAUAACAACAACACAGAAACUGCAACAACAGCAUAACCAGGCUUAAAACGCAAGCAAUACUAAAAACCAAAAUGAAAACCAGAAAAACAGUACAUAAAACAUGUAAAUAUUAAAUUGUAAAAAAAACAAGUGCAUAUUGUUAAAUAUUUGUACAUAAAAAAACAAGCGUUGUUUAUUGUUCAACAAAACAAAAACAAUAAAUAGAAAACGCUACUUGUAGUUUGUAAGUUUGGAAACAUUGAAAAAAGAGUACAAAACGCGAGUUAAUUGAACGUAAUCUAAUUCUAAGAAAGUAACCUUAAAACAAAUUUAUAAUUAACGAAAAAAAAAGGAAAAACACCAGGAAAAGUUACAAAAAAUUGUAUAUAAACAAGAUUAGUAAUGAGGCCGUCGCGUAUUUAGAUCUAAGUUUAUUAUCUAACACGCUGCUCCUUAACCAUAACUCCUUCCUAUUCAACCCACCACCUUAAAAAUACAUAUAUUGGGUUCGACAUAACAUUUAUUUAUUUUUUUUUUUACAUUUGUCUUACUAACAUUUUCUAUCCUUUAAUGGGAAAGUGCAGCAAACAAAAAAUAUACAAAAACAACUACGAUUUUUGACCCUGUGAAUAUGUAUAUCUAAUUCAAUAUUUUAAGAUUAACAAAUUAAAAGAAAACGUGAAACUAAGUAUACACUUUUACUUUUACUUUUUACCCCACUUCAUUUCACUGAAAUUAAAACUUUAUGUAUAUAACAAGAACAUUUACAUUUAAUAAUUAACAGCAUACAAUAUUUUGUAAGCAAAGUGAAUUUUAACUUAAAUAUAAUUAAACUAAGAAAAAUAUUCAAAUCCCAAAAGUUCAUAAUUAUGAUCAUGAAAUUAUGGUUUUGACUGAUGCAAACUCAAUAAUCCGUUGGUAAUUAUGAUUGAUCAAUCAAAAGUUUAAUCGAAUCUUUUUUCUCUUUUAAACUAUUCAAUCCGAAAGCAAGAGAUUCUUCAUUUGAGAUAUGAUUUCAACUGUGUGAUUAAUCACACAUACGAUCAAUAAAUAAACUGACUUAAUUCUCCCCAAACAAUUGCUUACAAAUCGUAUAUUCAAGUUUGAGAUUUUGGUUUAAUUUGAGAAAAUCGAGUAAAUUUUUUAUUGAUUCUUAUAUCAAUCAUAAGCAUAUUUUUUUGCAUCAGUUCAAACCAAUUGCUAGAAUUUCAGAGAUUUAAAGUUCAUCCCGAAGUAAGAUAAUUUUCACAAAAACAACCAUAACAAUUAUUAUUCUCAUAUACAUGAAAUAUUAUAUUGAAAACAAAAGCUCUUGUUAAACUUUGAAAUCGCAAAAGAAGAUAUACAUUUUAGAUUUUGUACCUAUUAAGAAUUUGUUGUUUUUCUUUAUGGGCUUUUUUUAAAUAUUGUACAUAAUCAGAAAGUCGAUUUUAUAUAAAAUAUUAUUGUUAAUUUAUUUAGGAUUUGUAUGAUACUUAUAUAAAAGCUAGUUAUAUAAAUAUUAGAUAUACACACAUUUACUAUACCGAAAAUUUGUAACAAGUUCGUAAUGAAAAUUGAAAAGAAAAGAAAAAAAAUAGUUGUAGAUAAAUUACUUAUAACUUAUUUGAGAGAAAUUCAAUAUAAUCAUUUUUACUUUAUUUGUAAGUGCGAAUUUUGAAUAAUAAGAGUAGAGUUUUUAGCCUUAAAAUUUGGUUUAACUGAUGUACAUUAAAUAUGUUAAUUAUUUACUAAACGAAAUACAAAAACACAUACACAAACAAAACAAAAUAAAAAAAAACAUGCGCGAAUGUUUAUAACACUUCCGUCUGUAAAAUACAUUAAAAAUUGGAUUCGUAAGAUUCUUUACAAAUAAACAAAAAAACACAAAUAAAACGAAAAUAAAAUGAUAACAUUUUAA